UCUUUGUUUGUUCGUUCGUUUUUUGCGAGAAACAGAAGUGUUUGCAGGCAAAGUAUUUACCUACAAUGUAGUGUGUGACGUGUGCCGCUUCGGUCUUCUACGAGACCCUUAAUACACAAUACUAAUAACUGAACGAAGCAUAUCUCCUCUCUGCGUGCCCCGCUAACAGAAUAGAAACUGAAAUAACAAUCUACAUCGUUUAUUUCUAAAAACAAAUAUGUUUAAUUCUCUUUAAGAUAGUUUAAAUAUCAGAAAUCAGCAAACUGGUAAAAAUGAAUCACAAAUGCUGUAUCUGUGAAAUCAGCAUCAGGCCGGUAGAGAAACGGGAGGGAGAUGAAUGGAAUGCUGUCUGUACUGAACUCAACAAUAGCUCCUCCACAUUCUUAUUCUGUGAGAGGCUCUGUGACAUUUUUAGCCUCUGCGACAGGUCUGUAACAAAACACAUCUUUUAUGCCCGAAGAAAAGGUCUGGAUUAUUACUGACAUAACCCAUUUUCUGAGCCAUAAACUGUAGUUACCGAUCGCUGCAAAAUUGGUUAUGAGAGCUUGUAGACUGAAGAUAUAAUAUGAAAAAAGUGUCCCUUUCUUUGUUUUAAAGUAGAAUUUGACCGUUUUAAAGGGGGAAAUGCAUGUACAAGAGUAUUUAAAGCCUUUUGUAUAUCCCAUGAAUUUAGUUUUAUUGCAACAAUAUGUUACACAAUCAUGAUUGUAUGCGUGGUUGGAGCGAUCGAAGUCAUUCACAUUCACUUGUUUCACUGCAGAGGAGAAACAAUUCCACGACUAACCCAUAACAAGCUAAUCACAGAUCACAAACCCAUGUUAGAGAGCCAUUAUUGAGCUAAUUACUCACAAAGUAUAAGCAUGUAUUAAUAUAUAAGUGCAUAUUGUAUAUUAUAUAAGUAUUGCUCCAUUGAAGACUCUCUGUAGGCCGAACGGGUCUGUUAUUCUAUAUCUAAAGAAAGUUGCUAUCAGGGGACAGUGAUGCGACUGUGAGCGUGCCUUGGGUAUAAUUACUCAUCUUUUUGUUUUUGUAUGCGCUUCACCUCUUGUGUGCUCUGAUAUGAUCUGACAACAGCCAAAUAAACAUACACUUGUAAAAAGCAUUUAAACAAAUAAUUUUCCCAGUGGUGCUACUGUAGAUUGUUGAUGAGGUUCAGAAAGGAGAGUCUGGUGUAUUCAGCUCCCUUUGAGAAUGAUCUGGACUCAUUCAACCUCUUUAGUUUAAAACAUAACCAGACAACUGCACAUGUACACAGUGCAUUACCAUUCUGUACGGUAUGCUUCUAUUAAGUAUACUUACAGUGUAUAUAUUUUAACCUAAUAGGUACAAAAGCACUGUUUGAAAAGGUAAAGCUUUAUUUCUGUGAAGUUUUAAUGUGACAUCAAAAGUUCAAAGGACCACAUGGCAAAUGUUAAUAAAAAUACAUUUUGUCUGAAUAACAUCACACUAAAGCACUAAAAAAGGAACUUUGUUAUAAAUGCAACAUUUUGUUGUCUUCUAAUUACAUUUCAAUAUUUUUUAUUAUUAACUUUAAUUGGGUGUUAGAUGAGGGGAAGCAAUCGAAAUGUAAAAAUUCUUCCAACGUUCCGAGGUAUGACGUUUCCUUCAAAAGCUGUUUGACAAAGCUUGUUUUACAACAAGAUUAUUCAAUAUAUUGUUAAUAAUACUAACAUAUAUUUUUACAUUAAUUUAAAUAAUUUAAGUCAUCCUUCAGUCCUAUUAAGUAUUGAAAUACGUAUGGUUCUAUAACCGUUCAGUAUUAGUAGUUUUGUAAAAACUUCUACAUGAAAUGAGAGAGGAAAUUUUACUUUUAAAAAGCAAAGUAUCUGGAAAAUAAUGAUAUUUAAAUGCUACUCCAAAUUAUUUGCCAAAACGUGGCCCGAUUUAAUUGAAUUCACCCAAAACGUCACUUUACAAAUAAAUCAUAGAAUAGAAACUGAAAUAACAUUCAGAUUGAUAUGAUCAUUUAUAUUCAGAUGGGUCAUAUGUGUUGCAGGAUAAGUAACCUUGUAAAUUUGUCCACCCCACACACCAAGCUUAUAAUCUAUAUGAUAUAUGAUGCUGUCAGUACUUUCACAAAAGACAGCUGCUGUUGGAUAGCGGAGACUGGAGAGAAACCGUCUCAGUCUUGAACUUACCAGGUGAGCACAGAAAGCUGCUGUAGCAUACUAGUUAAACUUAACUGAAAUAUCAACGGCGACCUGCUGUGUGAGAUCACCCUCUCGCAGGAUCUUAAUAAUAUCUUGUAGUGUGUGUGGUGCGCCGCAAUGUUGAAGUCUUGUAUUGUGUGCGUGUUUAAGAUUCGAGGGAAGAUGAUUAGAAAAAAUAUUCUCGUGUGUGUCCUGCAACCAGAUUUCAAAAUUGGUUAGGAUUUAAAAAAUCCUCUAGCGUGAGCCUGGUUUAAGAUUACACGAGGUGUUCCCUCUGCCAUGAUGAUCUUAGUAAUAUCGUGUAGUGUGUGAUCCAUUGUGUCUCACACGUCCUGGAAAGUUAAGCCGCUGGCUCUUUGAUCGCCCCCUAGUGGCUGUAAAUAAAUGACACUUCCAAUACAAUUUUCCGAAAUAUGGUUUUAGUCAUUUAUUGUAGUUGUUUUCACGCUGAUAUGUGUGAUUGUUCGCUUUGACCGAAUGGUUAUUCUAUGGCAUUGCUGUGGAAAAACCUUUCAAGCACCUUUAUUUUCAUGUGCGGGCCACUGCCAUCAGUGUAAAAGCUUUUUAAACUAACAAACAGGCCUGCUGCAAAAAAAAAAAAAAAAAAAGAAAAGAAAAAGAAAAAAGCCCAAGGUGUUAGACAUCAGUUCGGAUCGGUAAACAAACUGCAGAUUUGUCCCUAGACAAGGCCGCGCAAGACCUGUCACACAUGGCUCUUUUGGGAGUCCGACAUGAUUUAUCUCGCUUUUAAAUUCUUUCCCCUCCGUAUUUCAGAUCCGAGUUGCUGACUUAGCAUGAACGCGCAGACUCUCUCCGCAAACGCCACCGUCUCUGGCAUCCAGCUCUCUGUCGACUUCUCCGAGCCCAUACACUACGUCCUAUAUGCUUACCACAUCAUAUUCGCCACGAGCGCGGUGCUGCUGUCCGGAUCUGUAGUCGUCGGAAUCCUAAAAACGAAGCACCUCCGAAUUCAGAACAGAUUUGUGUUUAUGCUGAGCACAAGCAUGUGCGACGUUAUCACGGGCCUGUCCGCCUAUUACUCGGGUCUUUUCGACGUCCAAGAGGGAUUCCCGUCCAGAAACGGAACGUACAAUAUUUUACCGUCUUUUCUGGGCGUAAACCUUUUAACGUUCAUGUUUGCUCAGUUUGACCGAUACUGCGCCGUGUGUUACCCCUUCUACUACGAGCGCUUCGUCUCGCGCUCUCUGGUCAUCGGCUUGUGCUCGUACAGCUGGUUUCACGCCAGCGUCCUCUUCCAGCUGGUGGUGAAUCUGAUCCCGCCCGCUCUGGCCAACAAGCUGUACGCGUUCAGCAUCGCCACGUUACAAAUCGUCGUGCUGACCAACGUUGCGUUGACGAUUAAACUGUUCUUCGUGGCCAGACACCAAGUCGCGCGAGACCCGCCGAGCGCGGAGAGGGACAGCAAGGCAGAGUCUUUAAAGAUCAUAAUCGUCGUCGUAAUUUCGUUUUUGAUUCUCUGGUACCCGGCGUUUGUAAACAUAGUCGUGAAGCAAAUUUCGAAAUACGGCAUUUAUUUUAAAAACGACGGCUCGAACCCGUUUUUAAUAAUGGCUCGUUUCAACGCCCUGUCUACCUCGGGGCUGUACGUUUGGGGCAGUCCGGCGUUACGCACCGCUGUGUGGCUCAUCGGUUGGUACAAGAUCUUUCCGCGGUGCACGAGAAGAAGUAAUGUGCAUAAUGGAGAAGUAAAGAUACCAGCGAUGCCAUCAAUCCAGAGACGAUAAUCUGGCCUAUAUAUUACAUAUCUGCUUCACAUCGUAGUGAAAAGUUUAAAUAGAAAAAAGAUGAAACUUGGAAAAUAUUUUUCCCUUGUAAUGUAUAAAUAAUUAUUUAAGUAAUAAGGUUGCUUAAAUGAUACAGACUUAUGAUACUUG